AUGAGGCGAUGUGAGCUAGAGUUUUCUGUUGGCGACAAGGUGUUCUUGAAAGUGUCGCCAAUGAAGGGAGUAAUGUGGUUUGGUAAAAAAGGGAAGCUUAGUCCUUGUUUCAUUGGCCCUUAUGAGUUUGUUACGAAAUUUAGGACGGUGUCUUAUGAAUUGAAGUUACCAUCUGAUAUGACCAUGGUGCAUCCUGUGUUUCACAUUUUGAUGUUGAGAUUGUACAAACCUGAUCCUUCCCAUGUUUUGAACCAUGAAGAAAUUGAAAUUAGUGAAGGGUUACCUUACGAAGAAAAAUCGGUUCAGAUUAUAGAUCGUCAAAAAACCGAUUCAGAUUCUAGAUCGUCAAGUUAG